AUGUCCGCUGCGAUUGCUACCAGGCCUUCUCCUCGCAUCGGGCGCCCGGCCUCCCACGCUGACUCGACCAUGGACCCCAAAAAGGGCUCUUGGAAGUCAGAAGAUGCGCAAAGUACUACCUCUGAUCAAAAGGAUACCACGCAGCCUAGCGACGCUGAAGGAUCCCAAUCCCUCUCCAAUAAUCAUCGCCAGGGACAACAGCAACAGCAACAGCAACAGCAACAGGGAUCUGACACACCCGAUUAUUUCUCCGGCGUUCAUGGCACCACUCAAUUCUCCCUAGAGCCCAAUCCUUUCGAACAAUCCUUUGGGAAUCAGCCCGCUGAUACGCCCGGAAAGUCUAUCCUGCCUCCCGUCGCGGCGCUCACGUCGCCUGCCUUGCCCGGUACAUCCUCAGCGGGUGGUUUCAAUUGGAGCAAUUCUCUUCGCGCGGGACCACUCAGUCCCGCUAUGCUUGCUGGACCGGCUGCCCCCAGCGACUAUUUCGACGGUAUCGGUCGCGGUUUCCCCACACCACAAGAGUCGUCGCUGCGCACAGGGCUCACCCCUGGCGGUGGAGGCUCGAUGUUUCCUGCCGCAUCGAGCCCCAAUACACAGGCUCUAAUGCAACAAUUCCAAAGUGGUGGUGCCACUCCAUCAACCAUAGAUUUUCACCGGACAGCUCUAAAUGCUGCAAGGAAGAAUACCCGAAGCUCCAACCCGCAAGAUUCAGACCAACUUCUCCAACAACCCACCAAUCUAGAAGUUGCCAAGUCUGAUGCGCAUGUAGAUCCUUUUGCGCAUCACGAUGCGACGGAUGCUGCCAACGGUCUUUUUAUGCUAGCCAAAGGAGGUCAGCCAAACAACCAAUUUCCUGUCCCUACCUCGCAGCCUCUCGCCCAGAAUCCAUCAAACGAAUCGACCUCAAAUAUGCAGAACGGAAGUAACCCUGCCCAUGAUAUGAACGGUGGCGCCUCGGACAGCGCUGGUGACCAGUCAAAAUCAAAUGCUCGUGGAGUUAAAGGGCGGAAAGCCAGUUCUGGAAAGAAUAAUGGCCGACGGAAGGCUGACGAUAACAACAACGCCAGCAAGGGUGCAAAUAAAAGGGCGAAAGGGAAUAGUGGCUCCGCAAUGGACCAAAGUGUUGAUGAGUCAGAGGAAGAGGAAGAUACAAAACCCCAACAAUCUGAGCCCGGGAAUACCAAGAAGAUGACUGAUGAAGAAAAACGGAAGAAUUUCCUGGAACGGAAUCGUGUCGCGGCUUUGAAAUGCCGACAACGCAAGAAACAGUGGCUCCAGAGUCUGCAAACUAAAGUCGAAUACUACAGUAAUGAGAAUGACGCUCUCUCGUCAACCGUGACCCAACUGCGAGAGGAAAUCGUCAACCUGAAGACAUUGCUUUUGGCCCAUAAGGAUUGUCCCGUUUCUCAAGCCCAGGGACUAAAUAGUAUCAUGGUGAAUGGCAUGAAUGGCGAAUAUGCGCAACAUGCCAAUCCUUAUAUGGCCAUGCAGGCAGGUGGUCCUGGUAUUUCUACACAGCCCAUGCCACGACGAUAA